AUGCUUUUCUCUAUCGCAUUCAUCGCUUCUGUUCUCGCAGCGUGUGACAUCACCACCGCAUUACGGACCAAUGGUGACCCUGAACAUCACGACAACGGCCUCAAGAAAAUCUGCCCACAUCUGAAGACACAGGAUAAGGGCUGCAUACGAUACACUAGAGGCUACGAUGUUACCGGCGUUCUCACCACAGUCACCCCAAAUGUCAAUGACGAAUGUGCUUGUAUCGAGGAAUGUCUCAAUGCUCCAGCCUCCUGCGACAGCUAUGUGUGGAAGUACAACGAUGAUGGAACACGUCGCUACGAGCCUAUCGCAGAGGGCCCUACCCAGAUCGGUGGCUUAGUACCUAAAGCUACAACGCCUAGUGGUGAGAUCGAUGAGCUUGCUGUUUCUGGUCCUGUCUGGCAACUUGAAGGAGGUGGGGCACUCUGCUAG